AUGUUCAAGGUCCUGAUUGAAUGUCAUGGCAGUAACUCAGUUCGCUCUUGUAUCGUGUAUCAAGCCUUUUGGUUAGAACAGGCAUUCAUCGCAAUCUACCCAUCCCCAACACACAUCGUAUUUUAUGCAUUUCUGUCCACAAAUAUUGCUGUGCUCACUCCGGUGACAGGGCGUAUCGCAGUGCACAGCCCUGGUAGGUUAGGAAACGAAUCUUUGAACAUGGUGCUUUGCCACCAAUGGAAGCAUCGUCAUGAAGAAUAUUUACAGGAAUGUGUCACCGCAUGUAAUGUAACCGUUUCACACGGCGAGCACGUUAAAUGUGCUCAGUGCGAUGAACGGCCGUAUUUAUCCGGCAUGACGAACAUUCAAGCCUUGUAUGCCCACCCAUGCUUGUUACCAUUCAGUUCUUCUAAACCAUUCUAACACGUACUACCUCUGAAUGCCUGGUACCACGAAAAGACCGGCAUCCAAAUGAAUGACCGUAUGUG